AUGCAUGCCGACUCGGUAACGUGGAAACAUAACGGAACUAUUGGACCUUGCCUUCGUCAAAUGAAUCCGUCACCGUCUCUUUCCGCCAAUCGGUGCUCUACAGCACUGGUACUGGUAUUACUCUCAGAACGGCUGAAAAUUUGCUUCCUCCCGGAUCUGAAACUUCGGACACACACAAGUCCAAGUCAACAUCACAACGCGCGGACCCCAGCGCUACCUGCACGGGUCGGGAUCCAGGCACCGAAAUCAAAUAAGCAUAUGCGCACUCAUCCUGGAGACAGGCCUGAAGUUCGUCAUCGCAAAUCGGGGUCCCCAUCCAGGAAGACGGCAGUGACCAGCGCAACUGAGUUUGCUGGUAAAGGCUUUCAUACUUCGCUGCCAGGUCAUUGUUUGACCGCCUCUAGAUCUCUUUCACCCUUCAUGAGGUUGUGCGAAAAGAGCCCCUCGGGGAAGUCGGUCGACUGGCAUACGCAGCACGUGACCAAGCCAGCGCAACCUAUGCACUGUAUGCGCUUUCCUCUCGAUUUGACCAAAUGGAACAGCCUUUGUUUGCUUGCACAAAAUGCUUUCGAAACUUUCCGCAAUCAGAAAUGUCCCGCUCUGGCCAAAUGUGCAAGGUAUGGCACUAUUUGCCCCCGAUGUCAGUCACUAAAAUCCAAAUAUGGUGAACCGCAGCCAUGCUCAAUCUGUCACCUGCAGAACGCAUUCGGAAAUGCAUUAGUAUGCCAACGCUGUAUGCACUAUCGGGUUCGUUUUGGCGAACCUCGGGAAUGCCAGAACUGCGGACAGAUCCGCCAGAAAGUGGAUGGACAGAUACUGUGUUGGGUUUGCACGUACAAUUUCAAGCUGGCUCGUUCCCGUGAACGCUCUGACCAUGGUAGUAGCAAGCGCAGGAAUGAAUCGUCCGUGGAUUCGAGUCGGCUCAAGUCGCAACGUAGCGACCAGCUGAAACGUACCCGCUCGGACGACUACAAAACACUAAAAACGGAAGCAAACAUGUCUAGCUCUCAACCCACACCAUCUACCCAAACACAGAGCCUUGAUUCGGCCUAUAACGAACAUUUGCUAACCAUCAGUCAACUACAAGAUGAAGUAAAGGCUUUGAAACGCCAGCUAGCUAUCAAGGAUGCAGAACUACUGGCUAAAGAUCGUACUAUCGCGGACCUUCGAUCAGACAUGAUUGAAAUGAAGGACUCUCAUGAGGAUCGCUUGCUCAAAACCAAAGCUGCAGCCCAGAUGGAGCAGGAUCGACUAACGGCUACCAUCAAGCAGUUGCAAAAAGAAAAAGCUUCCAUCAGCCAGGGUCUCCGAAAACGCAAGAGCGCUUCCAAUUUGUCAGCCACCUCGGGCCUGCGAUAUUCAGCCUCUUCCGUUGCUCUGUUCAACCCCGACUCACCAACUCCAUUCAGCGUAGACCGGUCUGCGAGGAAAACUGGCAGACUAGCCACUCCAAAGCGUCCCGAGAAAGCGGUCUCUUCUGACGACCAAGAGGACACCGGAGUCCAGCGCAGUGUGACCUUCAGACCGACGAAGCCAAAUAAAGCCUUAUUCGAUAACGAUGACUCAACGACGGAUGCUGAUCAAUGGACACAUGAAAAGACCCCACCCGCUUCUGCAGAGGAAAGUAUGUCACCAGUAGGUCUGCAACUGAAAUCCGACUCCCCUGCAGAACCGCAAAAACAGUCAACUAGCUCUCCAAGCAUUUCUUCCGGUCCAGCGUCUGACGAUGAAAUCAGGAAAACGAACAAAUCUAGUUUAUUCAACCCGCGUGACCCUCUGGGUCUAGACACACCAACUGAAUCUGAAGAGGAAGAUUCUUAAACUGCAUCGUGCAACCCGGUCAGAAAUUCAGUCAAAAGCCUCUGCAUGCAUUUAUCCUCAACAGGCAUCUGGCCUAUUUUUGAAAGCCAGGCCGUGUAUUGUUUACACCCAUGAAUAGUCUUACCAGUUUUUUCCCUGCUAGUCAUGUAACCCGAUUAUCCAUAUGAGAAUGUAUCCAAAUUGUCGGCUGAAUCUGCACGCAGCAUUGAUUUCUUGUACAUUUCCACUGUGCUACCCCUACCAGACCAGCGAAAUUAGGCUAAUGUGCUAUUUUGUCCUGAAUGCAAUUCCGCUCUCCAGAUG